UUAUUUUAGUUUCUUUACAAUUUUUUUUAAGUAUAGCGUACACUUUACAUAUUGGCAAAAUAUGUAAAGUUGCUUUUAAUGUCACACUAUUUUUUGUGUUUUCUAUUGGUUUUAUUUUAUUGUUGUGAAAAUUAGAAUUUAAUAGGUACAUAGAAUAUUAAUAUUAUCUACAAUUUUCAUUCAAUCUUCGAAGACAAAUAUUGACGAAUGUCGAAACAAGUUCACAACCUCGUAAUUUUAUGGACGCUGAAAGAAAUGAGUGACGGGGUUGAGACGUGACGUGUCGCCAUCUCAUGUUCACCGUAUGCCUAGCAAAAGUGUAGCUACAGUGUAGCAAAAAGAAAGAACUGCCACUCGGCAGAUUCUAUCGCCCUGUAACUGACUACGUUCGAUGAUUGCGUGGACCCUACGAUUCACAAAUUGUGGAACAUUAAUUUCAAGAAUUAAUUUUACUCGCAUAAUUGCGAUCGAUUCUUGUAGAGCGCAGGUCUGGCAUUACUUAAGUGUUUGUCAAUUGUCAUCGAUCCCCACUGCGGAGAAAAACUCCCGCGCUGCUUAGUUGGGUAUUGGGUGGCAACCAGUUGUGUUAGGUAUUGUGUAUGUGCAGUGUGUUACAUUGAGGUGUCUCAAAAAAGUGAUUACCACAUCGAGUAUUCAUUUCGAAAAUAAGAUACUCAGUGCGAAGCUUCUGAAUGAGGAUAAUCUCGGAAAGAAAAAUUAAGCUCGCAAUAAACAAGCCAACAUAUAUAACAUUGUAGAAUUCAUAUUCUGAUGGCAAAGAUGCGCAAAAAUGAUUAUUUUUAUGUUCAUUAGAACGCUGGAUGCCUAACAAUUGUCAUGUGAAGCCCGUUUGUGCAUAUCUAUAAAGUUACGAAUUUAAAUUAGCUAUUAAGUUAAGGAACUUUGCAGCUAUCUAUAGCUUUUUGAAAUCUUUUUGAUUUAGAAAAAAAGCAUGCGCGAGAAAAGUUUCUAAAAUAGAUAGCCAUCUAGAAAGCCAUCCAAGAAGAAAGAAAACGGAAAUAUUAUCGGAGUUAAGUUAUACAAAUUUAUAAAUAUUAUACUAAAAAAUGUAAGUGAGAAUGUUGAAGCUUAUAUUGUAUAUCACCGUGCUCUUGAAUGACAUUGAGUUCUGCAUAACUUAUGGAUAGAAUCGCCAAAGAAAGAAAAAAAGGGUUUUUCACAAAGCAAAUAUUUUAAAUGGGGAAUAAAGUUGAUAAUUUUGGAAAUAUGAAACUAUCAGUUAUGCAAGAGGGUGAUAGAAAUGGUACAAGAAAACUGCCUCAAAAUCAAGUUUCUAACAAUGAAACCAGAAUGAAUGAUACUAAUGAUAAAUAUUUUGAGGAUAAUGGAACUUUGGCAAAGGAAGAGGGUUCUAUGGUAUCCAAUCUUCCUCUUUUAUUUGCUAAUGGAUAUCCUACAUCUUUGGAAAAAAUUACAAUGGUACAAUUGGAACGCUUUAUAUUGUUUAUGGUUCACUGUUCAUUAGGCCAUGAUACUACUAAACUUAUUAACAGACCCAAGUGGUGGCCUCAAGAUAUUAAAUUUUCAAAUCCGCUAACAAGACCUAAAAAAAUAAAUGAUAACUGGAUGGCAAAUUUAAAAAAAUUGGUUUUUCGUUGUUAUACAUACCACAGAAGUGAAUAUUUGUUACGCUUUUGCUCUUAUUUAGCACAAUAUCCUCAUGAAGAAUUAGAAUAUGUUAAUAAUUGGGAUUCAACUACUAGUUUAUAUCAUAAAAGCACUGGAAAGUUACUAGUGACCUUUCGUAAUGAAAACAUGUAUUAUGACAAAAAAAAUGACAGUCCUCGAAGAACAUUGUUAUCUCAUAAUGCAUCUUCAUCAGGUUAUGGAAAUAAGACUAAACAACAAGCCCCCAUGAUGGUUCAACCACCAUGUGACGAUAUUUAUUUGUGUGAUAAUUGUGAUGCUGAAUUCAUAGGUCUCGCAAAAAUGAAGGAACAUGAAAAAAUGUGUUGCGAACAAGACCAUGAUGGUAAUGGCUCGCGCUCGUCUUCACCAAAUCUGUCCACAGCCGAGCCUGAAGUGCAACAGGAUCAAUUUCUGGAAUAUUUCCAAUUAUUUUCAAAUAAGACUGAAGCUAAGUCAAUUUGUGCGAAUAACGCGAAUGUUCCUGAUAACAGUAUUAGACGAACUUCUAGACGUGUUAGAAGUUCUUUUAGCUUUGCAAGAUAUGCCACUAUCCCAUUCUCAUCGCCCGCCGGUAUAAUGCUAGCAAAGAAAUCGAAAGCAAUGACCGAGGAUACGCAACAAGAACGAUUAGAUAGAAUCGAAAGGCACGUCAUCGCACCUGUAUUGAAUGAUUCAUGCAGACCAAAAUGGCUAGACACAGAAGUAGAUUGUGAUAAAUGGAUAGUGACACACAAACAAAACCGGGAUAAACUGACAAAUGAUUAUGUGCAUCAAUAUAAAUUUAUGAAUUCUUUUAAAAGCAAACCAAUGUUGAGCAUACGAUCACAACUGCUGUAUGUCACAUGUCGACCUAUUUAUGUUGUUCUUACUCGCUUGAGUGAAAAACAAAUUGAUGAACUAAAGAAGGAUUCCUCAAAAUAUCAGUGUUCUCAGAAGAAUAUCAAUGUGCGAAAAGUUUUAUUAAUGAGAAGAGUGGGACCGGCUUGCAAAACAAAAUCGAAAAAAGCAACUUGUGAGCAAAAUGUGGUUGUAUCUUCCAAACGUAAAGCACCAUUGGGAAAUGAAUUAGAUCCGAUCAUUGUUGAAGAUGAAGAUGCCAGUAUUAAUACAACAGCUAAAGAGACUUUAAUCGCAUUUACUGCUGUGAAAUCACCUUUGGAUGAUGUGGAGACUAUAAAACCAAUUAAAGAGAGAAAAUGUCCGUCAAGUACAAUAAUGUUAAUUGACCUCUGUUCAUCUGACGAAGAAGAAAAUGAUCAGAGUAGUCGAACACCUUGCGACGAGAAUAGAGAUCCCAUGACUACAACAGAUUCUCCAAUUGCAAAGACUUUCCUGCGAAAAUUGACGCCGAAACAGACUUUACGUGAAGCUUUGCAUUUACCACGUACACUUAUCGAUAGACUGGUUAUCGAACAACGUAUGGAACGAAGUUAAGAACAAGAAUAAAUUAUCCGUCAAAGGAUGCAUAUGUUUUUUCUCCGAUCACUUUAAAUCCAUAUACAAUAAGUUAUUAUUGUAGCUUAUCCACCUGUUGUUUGUAUUACAUUUCUUACAUAUUUAUAGGGUGUCUAUUCCCUGGAAAAGCAUGGAAAAUCUGGAAUUCUCAGGAAAUUUUUUUUGUACCUGGAAAAAUCAGGGAAUUCUCAUGGAAUUUUAUUGGAACUCGAGAAAUUUUCAAAAAAAUUCUCUUUAAUAAUUUUGCUCUUACAUUGUAGGCCAUUUACAAUAAGUUUGAGUCAAGUUGUGAAUUAUGUGUUUAAAAUAUAUAAAUAUAUUUCUAUCUCAGUUUAUGUUUUCAAUAUUUUGUUAAAAUAUUGAAUAUACAGUACAUAUUCUUUAUUUUAAUUUUUAGUGAUAAAAAAAGAAAAUAUUAUGCACAUUAAAAAUUUUUAUUUUAAUGAAAGCUAUUCAGCUUUUGUCAGUAUAUUUGUAAAUUUAGCACUUGAAAUUCAAGUGGCUUUGUGUUUUUUUUUUUUUCAUAUAAGUAAAAAGCAUUAGAAAAUGUGUACAAUAAAAAAAUUUAUUUUAAAAAAUUGCACCAAAAAGAUCUUCAAAAUAUUUUUUUUAUCUGAGAAUUUGAACAAAUAUACCUAAAAGAUCAGAGAAUUUUUUUACAAGAUUUGAGUAGACACCUUGUAUUUAUUAUUUUAUUAAUUGAUUAAUUGAUAAUAGUUGAAUAGUUCAUACUAAAUUAUCACAUGACCAUUCUGAUUCUACAUUAUUUUAUUAAUGGAUUAAAAAUGGAGUUACAUCAUGAAUGGAAUCACUUGAUUAAAAGUUAUAGAGUUAUAGAAUAUAUAGAAACUUGUCACAUAUACAAAAAUGAUUAAAUAUAAUUAAUUAUAUAUAUUAUAAUUUUUAAUAUGAAAUAAGUUUCAAUUUUAAAGUAAAUGUAGAUGUCAAAGUAUGUAUAAAGUAUAUAUUGGGUUCAGAACAGAAUGUAUGCACUUUUUAAUAUUUUCCACAGUAAACAUUAAGAAAUUUUAUAAUAUUGCAAGAUCAUUGUUUGAAAA